CGGGCGCGGGAUGGGUCGCCCGGUUGGAGAUGCCCUAAUGGCGCAGCCGGCCCUCGAGGAAAUCUUGCUCCGCCUUCCCACGGCCGCCGAUCUAGCCCGCGCCUCCAUGGCCUGCAUCUCCUUCCGCCGCGUCAUCACCGGCCACCCCUUCCUCCGCCGAUUCCGCAUCCUCCACCCGCCGCCUCUCCUCGGAUUCCUGUGCGGCAACCUUAUCCCGGCCCAGCCUCCCCACCCUUCCGCCGCCGCCGCAGCCACCUUUGCCAACACCGACUUCUCCUGCUCCUUCCUCCCCCCGUCCAUCGACCGCUGGUGUCUCCGCGACGGCCGCGCCCUUUUCUCCCCCGCCCUCGAGGGAUACAGCGACGACUACAACCCCCGCGACCUGGUCAGGGAAUUCGCCGUCUGCGACCCCCUGCACCGGCGCUACCUGCCAUCCCCGACGAUAAGUCCAUCUGCCGGACAUCGUGGAAUGCGAGCCCUUCCUUGCUCCUCCCGACCAAGUUAUCGAUGAUGAACACAAAACCUUGAUAUGAUUGCUGCUGAUUUAUCACAUCGGACUCUGACACAAGAAUGUCACCACAGCAACCUUAAGAAUGUUAUGAUCGGUGGCUUUUGUUCUGCAAGGAGCGUGAUUAAGCUAACAAGUCAUAUUCUCGAGAAAGCGCCAGUCUUAUAUUGGACACCACUGAAGGUCUUUUUAGGUUCCUUCCAAUAAAACUGGCGAAUGCCUUCCCAGGACUAAAUACACUACCUGGGAAGCCAACAAAGCAACCCUGGCAAUCGAAAAGAUACAUCAAGUGGAACUUCCCUCUACAAUUGACUUGGAAGUUGUGAAGCCUUGCAGCUCAUGCGUUGCGCGCGUUAAUGGAUUGUAGACAUAUUAGCUGAUUGUGAUAAUAAGUGCCCAAUGUUUAAUUAUGUGCAGUAGAUGUGUUAGGAAUACUUCUGUUCCUCUGACAACAUACUAGGAGAUAGAGGGGCAACACUAUACUUUGUGUCCUUUCUUUUUUUGCUUCAGAACAUUAUCGGUGCUGUGUUGAUCUUUACAAGUUUGACCUUGUGCAAGUUGCCAGAUUCUCCUUGUGAAUUCGAAGGCAAUGAUAUGUUCUGGAUUAUGAUUAUUUAACAUGGUUUCGCUUAA